AUGACAACAAAAAAACAAAUAAAUGAAAAGUCAAUGGUUGUGAAAGGUGUCAACGGAAGUUUAGAAUGGGUUAUAUAUGUUGGUAAAUGGAAUCACAAAGAUCUAUUUCAAAGUAGUCACGAAUGGUUAUUCGACGACAAAGGUCGAGAAAGAGCCGGCACAAUCUUUAUCGACAAAUUAUACGUGGACAUCAGACAUAUAAUCAUAGAUACAAGACCAAAUCGACCUUACUUCAUCUGGAAAGAUGUAACCUGA